AUGCCCGUCUCCUCUGAUAUGGAUGUGGUGGCGGCAGUGCCGGUACUGAAGCCACUUCUUGGACUCGCCAGCUCAUCUCCUGUUUCGUGGAAGCAUCUUUCUAGCCAAGACGGGUACAAUGUCUCAGAGUUCCCUCCGAUCCCUGCCCUGGGACUGCCUAUGAAGUGCUACCGCACGCAGUUUGUUGUGAACGCGGACCUCGACUCAUUUCAGCGCGUACUCAACGAUGAAUCCUCGAUUCGCCAAUUUGACCUCACUAUGAAGGAGAUGCACAUCUUGGAGCGGUGCGCGUCCAAGACGCUGCUAUACACGUCGUACGCGUCGCCGUCUCCGUGGCUCGUCGCCCCACGCGACUUCUGCGUGUGGUCCGCCGCGAUCUUCACAACACUGGAGCAGCUGAAGCGCAUAAGCUCUGAGGCGACGGAAGGCAGUGCGCAGUCAUCCAACAACUCGCUGACCGUGAAGAAAUUCGUUUGCACCUCACAACAAUGGGGAGAGGCUCCGGAUCCUGGUCAAACAGUGUACCUGCAGAACAGUGUGACGGCGCUGGAGUCAGACUCUGCGGCAGUUGCGACACGACAAGGCGGAAAGCCUUUUGUGCGCGGCGUUGUCUACUGCUUUGGCUACGUGGCGUUUGCGGACCCCUCCAUCAACGGCAAGUUGCGCGUCACCCACUACUGCUGCGUUGACCCGGUUGGUCAGAUUCCCAAGUGGCUGGUGGCCGCCGCGGUGGACGAGAAUACAAAGAAACUCAGGAAGAUGGCAGAGCUCGUCGAGGCUGCCGCCGCGGCUGCGGCGUCGGCAGCUGAGCCUACCUUGGCUUGCAUCCGUGCACCGUCAGCUGAUUGGCUGCCGGCGGAAGAAGCGCAAGAACCUGAGUUCACGUUGGCUGGUAGUGCGGAGGAACCAUCGGAGGAGGCCAAAGGCGAAGGCGUCUCAACUCCACUUUUCACGAAAGAUCUCUGCGACGAAGCCCCAUCGCCUGCGGUCCCCGCCGUGGAAGGUCCUUCCGACAGCGGUGCAUGCCCGUCACCUGAUGCAGAAGCUGAGGCGGCUCCUUGUAUGACUCCUGAAUCAAGCGACGUCUCCCCUUUACCGCAGCCGACGUCGAAGGAACGACGCAGCUCUCCACCGUCGCCAGCGACGUGGAGAAACACUGCCACGCAUGAUCCCUCUCUUACCUCCAUGCCACCGCAGCAACCGGGCACGGCAGCAAGUGUGGAUCCGCGGGUGAAGAUCCUCAGCCUGCUUGCGCGCUCCAAUGACUGGUACACGCGGCGCGAGGUUGCAGAGAUGCAGUACGCGGAGCUGCGCAUCUUGCCGGAGCCGCUGUGCUCGAAGAACCCGCUGUGCAUCGCGAUGCGGGUCAGCACACUGGUCCGCUGCACUCUCGACACGUUCGUCGCAGUACUACGAAAUCCGGCACUUUUUCCGGAGAUCGAUCCGGAGCUCGUGCGAGUGGUUGCCGCUUCGACGUCGUCUGGUGCGUCGAGCCGGACAGCGAGUCGCGAGCCGAGCACAUCUGGCCACGGUGCCGCGUCCACUGCGGGCGAGGUGCGCCACUAUCAGUUCGAUGCCAAUGAUUCCUUUCGACGUCCAUGGGAUAUGGUCCUGCACUGCACCGACUUCGAGUUGACGCAAGUCAACGGGGGACGGUACGGCUUUCACACGCCUGGCGUGCCCGCGGCGACGUACUUGUGGGUGGGUGCAGACAACACAACUUGCUCCUAUCGUGGCGUACACCCGGACGGGUACCAUCAACACAUGCAGGUGCGCGUGUUUGGCGUCACGGCCGUUGCCGUGCCCCGCAGCGCCGAAAGUGUCCGUGUGUCGCAGUAUAUGCUCUUCGAUGCCUGCGCACCGCUUUUGUCCACCCCACACAGCUCUUGGCACAUCUCGUUUCAGAAGAAGUGCCCGACGGAGGAGUUCCUGUCAAGCGUCUCGAGGUGGUUGGAGGACCGCAUGGGCCGUGUUCGGCGCCUAAGCGAGGCGCGGCAUCGUCGACGCCACAACAGCGCCAUGGUGGCGCUCGACAAGGUGCCGCUCUUGCGCUUUCUGUACGCGGUACACUGUGCUGAAGGCGGCCGCGCGCUCGAGAGCCCUGAGGCGGCGUGGUAUGGCGAUGUCCUUGCUGGGGCUAUCCGAUGGACUGGAAAAGGUGGCAGCCCAUCACUCAGGACGGAAACGGGUAGCGACGACCCGCCUUUGGUGGUCCUCUCAACGGUGUUCCCGUGUUCUCUGGCGCAGCUACGCGACUACAUGCUAUGCAGCUCGCCUCGGCAUCGCUACGCCCUCGAGUAUGGGGUCCACACGUACGAAGAGUUGACCUCUCCACCUGAGUUCACCACAGUGCGCGUCGAGUACGGCGCAGCGAGCGCUUCCUUCCCUCGAGUGCGUCUGACGAUUCUGGAGGCGUUUGGCGAGCUCCACGGGGUAAACGUGCCGUCGCCGACGUUGGUGCUUAGCCGCACAGGGGUCGACGGAGAUGUGAAAGACGAAUGUGAGGAGCUGGACUUCAACAGCGAGAACUUUGGCCACUUGCGCGGUAGCGCCGACGAGCGCUUCGAUGACGGCCACGUCUUCUGCUCCGGGUGGGUGGCCACGACGCUCGAAGGCAGUGGCAGCCAACCGUGCGCAAAUGGCCCUUUGGCGGGACUGAGGAGCCCUCACAGCGGCCUCGCGCCCCUCUCUUCAGAACUGUGCACCGAGCGGUCGACGUCGGAUGCCAAGGCUGAGAAGGCUGCCGUGCACCAGCUGGAGCGCAUCGUGGUGACGCAGUACCUGAGCGUCGGUCUCCCAUCAGCGCACCAAUGCGACCUCGACGCGGAUGGGCUGCCAUGUGGGUGCAUAGCAGAGCAAGCGGCACUGUUGCAGCGCUUCCGCGACGCGGUGUGCACGCGAGGCCCCUCCAUCGCAGCCACGGCAUUGGAGUAA